CCAGGAAUUUAUUUUGGUUUGCACACUCGAGGCUGUGAAUUGAUUUUUUCCUGCAAAACUGAUGAAGCACUGUCUUGUCAGUACUGAAUCAGUAGUUUGCGAUUCAAUUGAAAUUCUGCAAACUAAUAUCAGCAGCUGGUUUCAAAAAUUAUUCUUCGUUGCAUAUCGAUUUUUUAACGGAGAUACUACAUAUUUAACUAGCUAGCUAUAUCGCUGAGAUUCAGAGCAGCCGAUGGGGGUGGGACGUUGCUAGCUAGCGUAACACAAUCUAGUCGCGCCUGUGUGACCUGUGGGCUCCUCUAAAACCAGUUAUGGCUACUGCCAGAAGCGAUGGAGGGGCGUCAGAGCACAUCGAUAUCUACGACGACCUAAACACUGAAGAGGCUGGUGACUUUCUAACAAGUGAGGCUGAUGCUCUCUAUGACGAUGUGUUGACCGGAUCUGUGAGUGGUGAGAGGCCAUCAGGAAAGGAGCAUUCUAAGGAGGUCGCUGAGCCAGCCAUAGUCUACACAUAUAAAGGAUGCAUGGGAGAAAAAUCCAAAAGACUUGCUGUUUAUGUGGGCAACUUCUCCUGGUGGACCUCAGACAGAGAUUUAAUAUCAAUGGCAAGAACACUAGGGGUUAAAGAUGUUGUGGAGAUUAAGUUUGCUGAGAACAGAGCUAAUGGUCAGUCAAGAGGCUUUGCUGAAAUGGUGGUGUCUACAGAGGAGUCUUUAAGGCGGCUAAUUGAGAUGAUGCCACAGUGUCAGAUUAAUGGAGAGAAAGUGGACUGUCGCUUCGCUACACGCCAAAACUUGGCUGUGUUUGAAGCUCAGGCCAAAAAGCGCAUACCUCAACGCUCAAACUCCAAAGCCGAGUCAGAAAAAGCUGAUGGGCGUUCGAUGAUGAUGAUGUCCCCUACAGAUCUGCAACUGCCCCCUUUCCCCCCAAUGUACCCCCUUCCCCCCAAUAUAGCCAAGCCCCCUUCCCUGAUUCCCUCCUUUUUUAACCCUCCUCUACCUUUUCCCCUUCCUCGCCUACAGACUCCACCCAUGCCACAUCUUUACCCCCCACCCUCUCCUCACAUCCCCAGCACACACAUCCCAUCUCCUCACAUGCCCAACACACACACACCAUCGCUACAUAUCAACCCUGCCUUCUUCUCCCCCGCCCAAGAAACCCACAACAGCAGCACAGCCUACAGCCGACACAGGGAGGGAGAUGUUCCUUCUGCGCUCCAGUCAGAAGGAGAGUUUGAAGAGCUGAUGAACAGGAACAGGACCAUUGCAAGCAGUGCCAUCACUAAGGCCAUGUCUGGAGCCACUACAGGUGAUAUUUCUAUGGCCAUUGAGACCCUCCUUACAGCCAUAGCAGUGAUCAGACAGUCUCGGGUAUACAGUGAUGACCGGUGCCGGGCACUUGUUGAUUCCCUGAAAGACUGCCUCUAUUCUAUAGAGAGCAAGUCCUAUGGAUCUCGGAAGAGGCACCGGUCUCGGGAGAAAGAACGGGGCCGUGAGCACAUGCAGAGCAGAGAGCAGAGCAGGGAACGGGAACGCUCACACAGCCAGAGUUGGCCCGACAGAGGUGCGUUGCGUCGGCGUGGCGAGCGCUCGAUCAGCGUGGAGCGAGAACGGGCACGCGAACGGGACCGCCAUCGGGAACACCGAGACAGACAUCGCUAGAUCGUUGACACAGCUCAGGACCUUAAGUGUGUGAGAGAGAAACUGCUGGUGAGUCUGCGGGGGACCACAGGGACAACGCCCCAGAAUUCAUUCCUCCAUGCUGAACACCAAUACCCUUCACAACGCCUUAGUCCAUAUCACAUUUCAUUUUCAUCAAAGUUUGUAAAUUUCCAUUGUCUUUACUCUGUAAAAAGUACUGUAAAAGAAUUGAAGUUUCGAUUGCAAAAUGGAAUUUUUCAGUGGCUACUGACUGUUCAUACUGUGGUACUACCCUGUUUUAUUUUGUUUAACUUAGUAAAGUUAAUACAUUUUUUCCCCUCCAUUGUACAUUUUUGUAAUAAAAUGCUACUGUAUGGUUAAGUAACUUUUUUUUAAAUUAAGCUUUAUUUUAUGUGCCAUGACAUACAUACAUAGAUGGCAGGCAUUAUAGUUGUAGGCCUCUUUUUAGCUCAGAGUGAUAUCUAAAAUGUAUAAGACCUGACUGUACUUCAACGAGUAUUAAUGUCAUUAAGGUAAGGUAAUACAACUAUGAGCUCAUCAGCAGUUAAAAGUAAUGCUCUACAUUUACUUAACUUUUUGAGCAAAUUGUACUUUGCAACUGGACAGACCUAUAUAAUGAAAAGAACAGGAAAACAUUUCGAUGUGGGAAUUCAAAUGAUUACAUUUAUGAAAAUUUGCACACAAUAUAUUCUUUACUCCAA